AUGAACACGCCAGACGGGAAGAGACAUUUCACUUAUCGUGGACACAGGAGAAAGAGUUUUACAGUUGUCGACAAUGCGGAACUUGUGGAGCUGCGCGCUCGCCAGCGAACAUACGAUGCAGGCUAUACACGAUCCAUUGUCCUCACACUUGGAACCGCAGUACUCUUUCUCCGCGUAUUCGAUGAGCGAUUCUACAACAUCGGGGUUCUCUACAUCAUUAUCGCCGGUUUCUUGAUUACUGCAGCGUACCUACGACGCAGACAUUCGAAUAGGGACUUUUCAGAUCAGUUGCGCCCACUUCCGGCACCAACAAACUCCACGACAAAGCGAAUAUUCGGCGCACCAUUCGUCACUGCCGGAUGGAUUGUCAUCUUUGUCUCCCUCAUCCUCGUGGGGGCUGACAUUGUACUUUUCGUGUUCAUCUUACGACUAUGA